ACAAAGGUCUUUCUUUAGGCCCCUGAUGCCCAUAUUUCACUACCAUCUCGUAUUUGCCUGGUGACGCCUGUGACCACUGGUUGAAAGAGGGUUGGACUAUAGGGAUAGUAGGAGCCGAGCUGUCAGGCGUUGGCACAAGCAGAGGAGCAUUCACAUACGGAUGGAACCAGUGCAGAGAGGGGUAUUUUAUAGUAGCAACACCUUGUAGUCAGUCCUUUACAUCACUGGUUGGCACUGGGAUCUUGCUUGCUGUGGAGUACAGGAUCAAAAGCAGCAAAUGUUUCCGGUCAGGCAGCCUUGGCUUUGCAAAGCCUUAGGUUGUUAUGAUUGCUGUGUCCGGUGCUUUGGGGCAGUGCCCUACCCGUCCCUGGUGGCCACCCUGCUGUGCUUUGCUGGCAUGGCAUUAUUUUGUGGCUGCGGGCAUGAAGCAUUGGCUCAGACCGAGGUCCUCGUCGAGACUUACUUCGCUCGCAACGUUCAGGACUUUGUGGUCAUGGCCUCAUUCAUCAAGUACUUCCAGUACGUGAUCUAUGGCCUGGCAUCAUUUUUCUUCCUGUAUGGCAUCCUGCUGCUGGCUGAGGGCUUCUACACCACGAGCGCUGUAAAGCAGACCUUUGGAGAAUUCAGGAGCACCCAGUGUGGCCGCUGCCUCAGUCUGACGUUUAUUGUAGUCACGUACGUACUUGCUGUCAUCUGGCUGGCAGUGUUUGCCUUCACCGCCAUCCCGGUCUUCUUCUUCUUCAACAUGGCACAGACCUGCCACAACAUCAACAUCCUGGCUGAAACAACCCCCAGCAUUAAUCAGCAUGGCUGGAUCUGCAUGGACGCCAGACAAUAUGGUCUGCUACCUUGGAAUGCAAUGCCAGGAAAGGCGUGUGGAAUGACCUUGGCAUCGAUUUGCAAAACCAGCGAAUUCUACGUCACCUAUGACUUGUACAUAGCUGCAUUUGCUGGGGCUGCGGUGACUCUCUUAGCUUUGUUUCUGUAUGUGGUUGCCACCACCUACAACUAUGCAGUCUUGCGGUUCCUGGGUAGGAAAGGGUUACGCUGCUAAGAGCAGUGCCCCCUUUCCUAAUCAACCCCAACCACUGGGCGUGAGAUGGACACACUGACUUCCACCCAUCCUCUGUGAUACAGCAACCCCAAACCUGGAUCACCCGCGUGUCCGUCUUCAGACAUGUCCAAUAACAGAUGACUGUUUGUCAUCACCAUUUUGUAUGAACAACAGACAGAGGGAUGAAGAUAACUCGUUCACAGCAGCAAGCUCUGGCCUUCUCAUCAAAUCCUACUCUCAGAUGAUUCUCUUACGUUUGUUGUUCAUUUCCCUAUCAGAGGCUGUACUGCCCGUUUUGAUUUACUCUUGUCGUGAAGCUUUAUUGGUACUGAUGUUGUUGUCAGAUUGUGAUGUAUGUCCGCUCAUGAAUAAUUAAGAGCGAUGGCAGUUCGCCCUGCAAAUCACUAUAACUGCAUGCAUUCCUUUCACCGCUAACUGAUGUGUAUAUUGAUUUUGAAUAUGAGUUUGCUGCUGUUGCCUUACUGUGAUCAUCAUGUGCAGCAGCGUUCCUUGGACUAAAGCAAAUAAAGCUGAAUGUACCAAAGUUGUGUGCAAGGAUGAUGUGUAGGCCGUAGGUUAUCCUGCCAUCUCGCUAUUUGCUUCCACUUACAAAGUAUGCACUUUGCUUUCACUCUUUGAGCAUUUUUUGCUUUCUUUAAAUACCACUGUGUGGGGGGAACAAAGAUAUGUAUCCAUUUUCUUGGAGGAGCUUUUGUUACUGCUUAGAAUAAGCUGUUUUUAUGUUCCUGAGACGUUGAUACUUGUGUAUUUAACAAUAACAUGCUUCCCAGGUGACUCGCAUUUGAUGUGCAGUCCUGCUGUGUGUUGUGUGUGCUCGUUUGAAAUUAAGACUUUGAUUAAACCUUUUGAAUCUGA